AAAAGCUUUUCUAUAAACCCUGAAAGCAACAGCCAAUGAAUGAGCUUCCCGGGAGCCCACGUGAUCCCCUCCGUUGCUCAACCCGCGUCGUCUUGAGCUCUGGCAAGCCUCAGCUCCUCCCACUUGAAGCUGUCCAAUCCACGCCUUCCUCAUGCUGCGAGGGGCGCUCGCUGCCUUGGCUCUGGGCUGGGCUGCCGCCUGGCUUUGGGGUCGCGGGUUCGAUCCCCGCUCGUGGCUGUGGCCGGACCGGGAUGCUGAGCUGGUCCUGAGCGCCGACGAUUUGAGCCGCUACACUGGGGCGGAGGAGAGCGCUGGGCUUUACCUGGCUGUGCUGGGGCAGGUCUUUGAUGUGCAACGAGGACGCAAGCAUUAUGGGCCAGGGGGCGCUUACAGCUUCUUUUCAGGAAAAGAUGCCUCCAGAGCUUUUGCAUCGGGCGACUUCACCCCAGCAGGACUGGUGGAUGACAUUUCGGGACUAUCGCCGUUACAAAUGCUGGCCAUCCAGAACUGGCUCUCCUUCUACAGCAAGAAUUAUGUGCUUAUUGGCAAAGUGGCUGGGAGGUUCUAUGAUGAGGACGGAUCGCCCACUGAGGCUCUAGCGCAGGCCCAAGCUCUCAUUGAGGAAGGGCAGCGGAUGCAGACCCGGGAGAACGAGAGAAAAAAGCGGUUUCCGCCGUGCAAUUCAGAAUGGAGCUCGACCGGGGGAAGUCGGGUCUGGUGUUCAAAGCAGAGUGGUGGAGUUGACAGAGACUGGAAUGGAGUCCCGAGGAAGCUGUAUGAGCCCGGCUCCAGUCACAGCCAGUGCGUCUGCGUGAAUACAGAGGGGUUGCCUUCUGAGCAGUCACAGUCCACCCAGAUGAGUGACAGAGGUGACCUGGACAACCCUAACCUGCGAGAGUAUGAAGGGUGUCACCCACUGGCUGACUGGUGUGCUUUAAAAGACUGAACCAUCUCUCUCUCCUCUUUCUUUCUCUCUCACACACCCACACACAUACCUUACUUGUGGUUGGGCACGACGUUUGCAAAUUAUCAGCAAAGCAGAAUUCAGUAUUGUACUCUGAAAUGGCUUUGUAAACUGUGGUUUGGUGAAACUGUGGCUAUUACUGUGUCUGCUGAAACUGCUGCUGAAUGUUGAGCAGGAAAGCGGCUCUAAACCAGUGGCUGCUUGGUGAGACAAUGAAGUCAUGGUGCAAGUUUUAACCCCACACAGAGAUUUCCCCCUUCUUUCCCCCACCCCCAACCUCUUUUGCAAAAUUUAACUUCUCAUCUCUAAUGAUUUGAACCACUAUCGAGCAGAUAGUUUAGGGAAGUUUUUAAUAUUUAAUGCUGUAUUGUUUUUAACACUUGAUUGGAAGCCGCCCAGAGUGGCUGGGGAAACUCAGCCAGAUGGGCGGGGUAUAAAUAAUAAAUUAUUAUUAUUAUUAUAAAUUAUUUUAGAGCUUUUGAUAAGCCCACUCUUUCCUUGCAGGGGAGCAUAAUUCGUAUAUCACGAUAAACUAUAGUUUGUGUUAACCAUAGUUUAGAACCUGAAGCUCAAGGAUCAUUUGCUGUCCUGUGCCAUGUUGGAGGGCAGUGCAGAUCAAUUACUUUUUAACCUCACACAAAAAUAAGCAACCUACAGCACUAUUAAAUCCUUCCACCAGGUGGCAUUUCUGCAACUAAUGAACACACGCACACCAUCAGAUUCAAUUAGGUUUCUUUAUUACAAGAAAUUACACAGGCAUAUAAAUAUUGAAAAAAUACAUCGCUUUACAAAGACUUGAGGAAACGUUGCAAAGUAAUAAUAAAAACCAGUGAUUUUCCAAA